CCUCACUUGAGUUGAGUUGUUGGGAUCAGGAGCAAAAGGUGCGUUAAGCCUAUUGAGGACAUCCAACUCGACACGCUCCUUUGAUGAAAGUCAGACAUUCUACGAGCCCUCUACACCCGUUCCGUGUACAUGACGACUUCAGCCGUUGUCACCAAUCAUGCAGAUGUUCUCGCGGCCUCCGUUGGCCUUCUUCGAGCGACAGAAGGUCACAAGCCAACUUGCCGCCCAAACCCUGAUGGACUCUGUACCGACCGGCGCGUUACCGCGGCCCGCGCUUCCCUGCCGAUUGUAUGCACGCGCAUAUAUGCAUACAUACGCAAUAGCAACGUAUCACGAUGAAUUGGCUGGAGAAAUACCACCGAAGACAGAUCUUCAUCUCGCGUCUCCAUCCCCAACAGCCAAGGAUCUGCGGAGGGUCCCUGACAGCCGCCCAUAAAUGCCGACCGAAUAGCCGGUCGGUCGACCUUUUGUCAGGCCCACGCUCAGAUCAGUGGCGGGCAUAUGACAUAGGUGCUCCUUGUGGACGCAACCACCGGGUCAACUCUUUGCCGACGGAACUCCUUCGUACAGAAACGAGCAACGCUGGGCCUCGCGGGGCCGGAUCCGGGGGAAG